GGCAGCAGUAGCCUAGCUGGGGCCGCUUAGAUGCGCCAGUUUGCAAGUAGCUCAGCAGCUAGGCUGCAAGCUGGGGGCAGGACUGAGCGUCAAGCCUGCCUCAGAAGACUGGUCCAAUAGGCCAGCCCCUGCCCCACCGUCUCAGAAUCCGGGAUGAGGCCCUCACUGCCGGGCUUAUCCAACACAGCGUCCUGAGAAGCGGGUUGGGGGCAUCGUCCCGGAAUGGCGCGGCCCCGGGAUGGGGGCACAGCUCACAUCCCAACCCCUUGCUCCUCGUGUGGACCUCUCCGUCCCCCCAUCCCCCACCCAGCAGGCAACCACGUACGACCGCAAGGCGGUGAUCAAGUACGCGGACAUGUCGGAAGAGAUGCAACAGGACUCGGUGGAGUGCGCCACUCAAGCGCUGGAGAAAUACAACAUCGAGAAGGACAUCGCGGCCCACAUCAAGAAGGAGCCGGCACUGUGAUGUAGCGGGUAAAGCUGUUGUCUGCAGUACCAACAUCCCAUAUGGGCUCCUGUUUGAGUCCCGGCUGCUCCACUUCUGAUCCAGCUCUCUGUUAUGGCCUGGGAAAGCAGUACAAGAUGGCCCAAGUGCUUAGACCCCUGCCUUGGUGUGGGAGACUCAGAGGAAGCUUCUGGCUCCUGGCUUUUGGACUGAUCCUGCUCCAGCCAUUGCAGCCAUUUGGGGAGUGAACCAGUGGAUGGAAGACUUUAUCUGUUUCUCUCUCUGCUUCUAUGUAACUCUGCCUUUCAAAUAAAUAAAUAAACCUUAAAAAAAAAAACCGCUAUUUAAUAUGUAGAAACAUGAGCAUGAAUACACUAGGAAAUACUAUGGGCUGACGCCGCGGCUCACUAGGCUAAUCCUCUGCCUUGUGGCGCCGGCACACCGGGUUCUAGUCCUGGUCGGGGUGCCGGAUUCUGACCCGGUUGCCCCUCUUCCAGGCCAGCUCUCUGCUGUGGCCAGGGAGCGCAGUGGAGGAUGGCCUAAGUGCUUGGGCCCUGCACCCCAUGGGAGACCAGGAGAAGCCCCUGGCUCCUGCCAUCGGAUCAGCACUGUGCGCCGGCCACGGCGGCCAUUGGAAGGUGAACCAAGGGCAAAAGGAAGACCUUUCUCUCUGUCUCUGUCUCUCACUGUCCU